CGAAGGGCCGCGGCCGCAGGUACCUUUACGCAGCGGGAAAGCAAAUGGAUCUCCUGCCAAAUUCAGCACCCCUGGCUACGAAACUCCGGAACACUCUGGUUCAGUACCACAGCAUCGGAGACAGCGAAUGGCGGGUUGCGAAGAAAACCAAAGAUGCAACUGUGUGGCGUAAACCAUCAGAGGAAUUCAGUGGAUACCUCUACAAAGCUCAAGGAGUGGUGGAAGAUUUUACUAGCAGAAUAGUGGAUCAUAUUCGCCCUGGACCUUAUAGGCUAGACUGGGACAGCUUAAUGACUACAAUGGACAUCAUGGAAACGUUUGAAGAGAACUGCUGUGUGAUGCGCUACACCACUGCUGGCCAGCUCUGGAACAUCAUAGCACCAAGGGAGUUUGUUGAUUUCUCUUACACUACAAGCUAUGAAGAUGGGCUUUUAACAUGUGGUAUAAGCCUAGACUAUGGAGAGGUGAGACCAAACUUUGUGCGUGGAUUCAAUCACCCCUGUGGUUGGUUCUGUGUCCCUCUCAAGGACUGUCCUAGUCACAGUCUUUUGACAGGCUAUAUUCAGACUGAACUGCGAGGGAUGCUACCACAAUCUGCAGUAGACACUGCCAUGUCUAGUACCCUGGCCAAUUUCUACUCUGACCUCAAAAAGGCGCUGAAGACAUAGACAAAUAGUGACUUUAAAGCCC